AUGGCACCUAGUAGACCCUCCGCUGGUCUCGACUACGGGGGCUACGCCAGUAGCGAUUCCAAUGCAGGGUGCCAGAAUUAUGGCAAACGCACCCUCCUAGGCCGCCUCACCUUUUAUGUUUGCCCAAAAGAUGAUCGUAGUCGGACUAAGAUACGGAGCUGUGUGAAGACCCUGACUGGCAAGGCCAUCACCCUUAAGGUUGAGCUCAGUGAUGCCAUUGAGAAAGUCAAAGCUAAAAUCCAAGAAAAGAAGGAUACCACCUUGUACUUGAUGCUUCAUCUGUGGGAUGGCAUCAUCGAACCCUCCUUCCACCAGCUUGCCCAGAAGUACAAAUGCAACAAGAUGAUCUACCAAAUGUGUUACAGUCAGUUGUAUCCUCACGCUAUCAACUGCCACAAAAAUAAGUGCAGCCACCAAAACAACCUGUGCCCCAAGAAGGUUAAAUAA